CCUCUCUCCUUCCUUCCGCCUUUAUCCGUCUCUCCUCAGCACGUUAGUGUGCGCCAGCGACGCUCUGCAGUCUUAAAACACUCCUGCUUUCCGUAGAGGAUGUUUUAGCGGCGCUCCGAAGAGGAUAAAGGUGAAAUAUUCGUGAUUAAGAUGAGCUCCGCCUGUGUUCUGCUCCGGCUGUGAAGCAGAAAGAAGAGAAGAAGAGGAGGGAAGAGAGACAACAACACAGGACACACACAGAUCCUGACUCCUCCCCUCCUCUGCUCUCUCUAUGAUAUGACAUCACCCAGCGGUUGCCACAGAAACCGGCGCUCCACUGCAGACAGUUGACAGCCAGGCAGGUGCUGUGAUGGCUGCCCAGGUGGAAAUCGAGGCUGGCCGGCUGCUUCUGAGCCCCCUGACUGACUCCAGUAAUAAAGGCCUCAUGGAGGGCUCACCUGGACCGCAAUCUUCUCUCAUCAUCAGCCCAGAGCCGAGGAAACCCGUCCCAGGCCCCAAACCCAGACUGACCCCAAAACCUUUUGCUGUGGAGAGAAACCCGACAAUACGUCCCAUUGUCGCCCCCAAACCUCAACCCAAGCCUAGACCUGAACCAACUCGUCUAGCUUCCUCUAAACCGGACAAACCAGAACCUCCAAGCGCCCCCAAACCCAAGCCGGCGAGUGGACGGCCAACUUCAACUGCUUUUAAACCUGGUCCGAAGCCUGGUGCGGGCCAGGCCAGCAAACCAGCAGCCCAGACUUUGAAGCCAGCACCUUCUACAGAACCCAGCAAACCCACACCAACUCAGACUGGAAGUGUCUUGAGAAGAACAACCUUGGGACCCUCUACAUCUAAGCCCAAACCCAGCAUCAGUCCACCACGUCCUGCUGCAGAAUGGUCCGGUGCUUCUAGACCUAAACCAGCCGGAGCUCCUAUCACCAGGGCCAAAUCCAUGGGCUUCUUACCCGGAGCUGGAGUUGAAGGUGAUGGAAGCAAAGAAGCAGAUGAUGUCUUCACGCCCCAAGAAACUGGUUCCAGAAGCUCCAGACCGAGGCCAGUUUCUGCCAUUUUUCUCCAAGAUGCACCCCAACCGGAGCCCAAAGCCGCAGCUCCAACUCCAGCACCCCGCUGGACGGCUAGACGUCCACUUUCAGCUGACCUCACGUCCAAAUUCGAGUCCAUUGGGCUUUCGCUGCACCGGCAAAAGCCUACAAAGGCGGAGAGCAAGGAGAACACUCCAGAACCUUCAGCACAGGACGCUACAGCACAGGAAGACGUGGGAAUUAAAGACAAAGAGCCGGCAGAGAACGACGGGAAGGUCAAAGCUUCUAGUUCGGAGAAGAAGGAACCCGAAGGGGAGGAUACAAAGCCGGAGGAGAAGGCAGGAAGUAGCAUAAAGAGGAGGAUCAGCCUUCUUCUCGACUCGUCCUUCUCUGUGCCUGUUACAAAGGGGGCGGAUUCACGGCCACCGGCGCAGCCAAUCGCAGACACAGACGGCGCCGUAGGGGUCAAACAGCGAAUCAAAGAGCUGACCGAAGACUUUUCCACUGCGCCGGCUCCGCCCCAGAAACCUCAGUUUAAGCCCCGCCCACUGCCGACAGAUCUUACCAAACGCUUUGCGUCGGAUGUGGAGAGCCCCAGCUCUGCCGAGCCCAGAGGCCUUCAGGAGGGCGCUGAAGAUCUCAGUAAGAAGUUUGAGGACCCCUUUUCCAUUGGACAGUCAAAGACCCUUGAUGACAGAAGGCUACAGGACGACUCAUCUGUCCUGCAUCCAGGCGACAGUGGGAUGCAAACAGUCCGAGCUUCGCUGUUUGAUAAUGUGGUGGAAAGGCACAGUGUUCAAAUGGUGGAGGACAGCAGCAGCCCUGCAGGUCCGGUGGUGAAGCCCAUGCCCAGGCGGAAUAUCUCUCUCCGAGCUAAAGCAGACAGCGUCCCCAAAGCUCUGAGGGAUGAAGAGGAUAGUAGUUUGGUCACAGCAACUUACAGGGAGCCGGAGUCGCCCUCCAGCCCCCGGCGAGUGGAGCACGUUUUUGACACUUUGGCUGCUGUUGAAGAGAUUCGUGCGGUCAGUGAGAGUGUACCGGCCGCUCACCUAGAAGACCGGGCGCUCACUCUCCGUUCUCGAAGGUCGGAGGGGUCAGAGAAGCCGCAGCAAGCAAUUGGAGGUCCAGCUGAAGAUAGUAGCCUAAUCCUGGGGUACACGAACCAGUUUAAGGAUAAAGACAUUCUUCCAGCUGACUCCACUACAGAGCCUUGUAACACCCGGGUCCUCAGGGUGGGGGCGCUGCACAAGUGGGUGGAAUCAGAAACUAAGGAUGUGGAGAGGGAUAAGCAGAGGGAGAUGGUGAGGAAGAUGGAGGAAGAGAUCCAGAGGCAGAUGGAGGUUCACAUGGCUGCCAGAGCUGACUUGGAAGAGGAGGAGCAACAGGCAGAGAGGCAGAAGCAGAUGGAGGUGGAGAGGCAGAAGCAGAUGGAGGUGGAGAGGCAGAAGCAGAUGGAGGUGGAGAGGCAGAGGCAGAUGGAGGUGGAGAGACAGAAGCAGAUGGAGGUGGAGAGGCAGAGACAGAUGGAGGUGGAGAGGCAGAGGCAGAUGGAGGUGGAGAGGCAGAGGCAGAUGGAAGUGGAGAGGCAGAGGCAGAUGGAGGUGGAGAGGCAGAAGCAGAUGGAGGUGGAGAGGCAGAAACAGGCGGAGCGAGAAAGGGAAAGAGAAGAAGCCGCAGCAGCCGCCAAAAGGCCGAAGAUGGUAGAAGAGCAUCCAACACCCAGGCCAAGGGCCACCUACUUUGCUCUAACGGGUCAGUUAAAUGAGACCGUGCACCAGGCAGCUGGAGUGGACAAGCGAGGGAAAACGGAGGAACAUGUGAAGGCGGAAGUGCCGUUUGAUGACUUUUCUGUGAAAAGUGGCAGGUGGGGCUAUCCAAGUAGAUCAGCUUCCGUAAGAAGAAACCCUUCAAUGGACCCUACGCUUCUGAAAAGUUCGGCAGAAGAAUGGCGGAGAAGCGAAGGUAGAGAAAGAACGCAAAGGAAUUCGAUGCAGCUGAAAGAUAAAGCAAUAGAGGAGGGUCUGGAGAUUGAGAAGCAGAAGAUAGCAGAGUACGAAAGGAUAAAGGACUUGGAGAGGCAGAAAAAACAGAGAGAAUUGGAGAUGGAGAAGCAGAAGGAGAUUGAGAGGGAGCGAAAGAAGGAAAUGGACAGGCAGAGGGAGUUGGAGAAAGAGAGAGAGAGGCAAAGGGAGUUGGAACGUCAGAAGGAGAGACAGAAAGAGAUGGAGAGACAGAGGGAACUGGAGAGUCAAAGGGAACUCGAACGACAGAAACAACUGGAAAAGGAACGUCAAAAACAGAUAGAAUACGAGAAGAGGAAGGCAGCGGAGAGGGAGCUCGAGCAACAAAGGGAGUUUGAGAGACAACGACAGAAAGAAUAUGAGAGAGAGAAGGAGAGAAUGCUGGACCAGGAAAGGCUAAAGAUGAGAGAGUUUGAGAAACAGAGGGAGAUGGAGCGAGAAAGGGAAAGACAGUUGGAGCUGGAGAAACAGAAAGAAAUCGAAAGACAGAAACAGAAGGAGCUCGAGAGGCAGAAAGAGAUCGAGAGGCAGAAAGAGCUGGAAAGGCAGAGAGAGCUGGAAAGACAGCGAGAACUGGAGAGACAGAGGGAGCUUGAGAAAGAAAGACAGAGACAGCUGGAGAGACAAAGAGAAAUGGAGAGACAGAGGGAACUUGAAAAGCAAAGAGAGCUUGAAAGGCAGAAAGAACUGGAAAGGCAAAGGGAGCAGGAGCGACAAAAUGAACUAGAAAGACAGAAACAGAAAGAACUGGAGCAGCAGAGGGAGAUGGAGCGGUGGAUGCAGUCUGAACGACAGAAAUCAGAGGAAAGAGAAAGACAGAGAGAGCGAGAAGAACUCGAGAGGAUCAGGGAGCUUGAGAAACGCCAGCUUCUCGAGUUCCAGCAGCAGAAAGAGAGUGAGAGACGAGCCCAGCAGGAGAGAGAGAGAGACAAACAUACUGCGAGGCCGAAUAAAGAAAGAGAUGAGGAGUUGCAGAGGGUGGCUGAACGGCAAAAGCAGGAGACUGAACAAGAAAAGAGAACAGCAGAGUCUCCUUUAAGGCCCAAAGUGCUCGAUCUAGAUUCAGUUUCUUUGGGUGAUAGGGAUGAAAGCCCCACAAGCAGAUGGAAGCAACCUUCACCUCGUGCUGAAGAAGCCUACAGGCCAUCUAUCCUGGACAUAGAUUCCUUCAGGAACCAAACGCAACCUGAGGCUUCCGUGGACCCUUUUGGUAUGCCGGAAUUUGCUUUAACCAAACCGGUUGCUCCAGUUCACCCUCAAACCUUGCUGCAGAAUCUCCAGCCCAACACGAUCCCUCAACACCAGCAACAGGGGAUCCCUCAGCCUCAGUACCAGCUUCAGCAACAAUUCCAGUCUCAGCCAAUUCAGCCUCAAGCCCUCUUGCAGAAUCUCCAACCCAACACAAUCCCUCAUUACCAGCAACAGGGUAUCCCUCAGCCUCAGUACCAGCUUCAGCCUCAGUUUCAAUCGCAACCCAACCCUGUUCCCCAGCCUCUGUACCAGCUGCCUCAAUUCCAGUCUCAACCGCAGCCUUCCUUCCAUCCUUCCUUGCCUUUAGAACAAGCAAAGCUGCAAACGCCCCUGCAACCCCAAAGCUUUGGUGCCGAAAGACCUAAAACACAACCCCAGGCCUUUUCUCAGUCAGACUGGGCCUCUGGAGUCUCCCAGUCUGGAUCAGGGUGGCACUCUUCUCAAGCAGGACCUUGGAGUAUGUCGCAGGGUGAAGUUGCCGUGGAUGAACCUCUGUGGGUUACUGCCACAGAAGGUUCCAGGAGACCCAUUAGCACCAGGCUGAGCAUAGAGCAGAUGCUUCAACGGCAGGAAGACAGAGCAUCAGGAUCUGUCCUGAGCCCAACUUUAGCACCCUCAGUGACCCCAUCCCAAACCUCUGCUUUCGCAUCUUCAGCGGUUUCAAACCAAGGUCCUACUUUGACACCUGCGUCUAGCAUAGGAACCUCCCCCUUCUCGCUUUUGACUCCAGAGAGAGUCUGGACCACACCUACAGAUGGAGCUUCUGCGGCAGCCUCUCUGCCCAGGAAAGAGGCCCAGACCUCUCUGGCGGUUGAACCAAUCUGGACUCCAAACUGGGAGCUGGCAUCCCAGGAACUGAACCAGGCACAGCAAAGGAACAAAGGGACUCAGGAUGUGUCGCGGAUGCGAUCGAGGAGCGUUAGCCGGCGGUCCGCUCCCACCGAGAGUUCUGUAGACGGCCCGCUGUCGCGGAUCAGGAGCCGCAGCGCGCACAGAGAGAGAGCGCGGCCCAGCUGGGAGCAGGUGAAGCAGAGUGGACAGGAGGAACCUAAGGACACAGACACUUUGGUGCAUGAGACGGACAGUCAGUACGGGACGUGGGAGACGGGGCUGCGCACGGACGACAGUCUGACACCAGCUACCCCUUCGUCUGACGGCAACCUCACACCUUCUCCACGAAAACCCACUCCUACCCACACGCCUGAGGAAGCCACCCCUGCGGACACUCCCACCAGCCCCGCCCCUUCAGCCGAGGAGCCGCCAGAGCCCUUCUCUUUUCCAGAGACCCCCACCGCUCUGUUGGACUCCAGCGCUCUACGCUCCAGAGCGCAGCUCAGUAAGAGACUGAGCCGCAGAGCCCCGCCCUCCAGAAACGCCCGCCACAGCGCAGCGCUAACACAGCUAAACGAGGGGUCGGCGGCGGGAGGUGAAGAAUGGCGCUACAGAGACUCAACAGAAGAUAAGACGGACUCUAAGCCUCAGGAGGAUGAGGAGUCUGACUCGGAGGAGCAGGCUCGGGACCCCCGGACGCCCUCUUCCUCCUCCGCCUCUUCCCAACCCCAGAGAGUCUCUCUCUUCCCUGGCAUGGACCCUUCCGCAAUCAUGGCCCAGCUGAAGAAGCGAGGUGAUGGAGAGACUCAGCCGGACGGCCCUGCCCCCUCCUCCUCUCAGCUCUCUCGCUCGCCCUAAGUCUCCCUUCCUCCCACGAGCCGCGCGUGUGCUGCCCCCUGCUGGCGGCAAAGAGAACGGGGAGGCGUCUUCACCACAGUGGCUGAAGGAGCUCAAAACCAAGAAGCGGUUGAGUCAGUAUGAGAACGACAGCUAGGCCUCCACAAACAAGAUGCCUUAAAACUGGAGUAUCUGUAGCUGAAACUCGAUGACAGAAGCCUUAACCUUUGACCUGGAGUCGACGGGAAACCCACUGCUGCUGAUUACAUCAUCGUUCUGCUCGUGUUUGACUGGUGGUCCGCUUUCUCUGUGCUCCGCCCCCCUCCCAGCCCCCCCAAACCCCCCCGCCCGAGGUGUUACACGUGCAUGGUGCCUUCCGAGGAGAUCUGUGACCGACGAAAAUAAAAACAGUGUCUGUCGUGUUGUGUGGCUGUUUGUCCGUCUGUGUUAGCUGUGUCUCCUCUGUUCCUGGAUAUGUUUCUGUUUUUUUAACGCAUAGAGCCACUUUAUUUACAGGUGAGCUACAGAAAUGGGUGGGGCUUCUUUUAAAUAUUCAGGAAUAUCUGAGCUCACGGGACCACGCGGCGUUCGAUAGUGACCCGAAAGUGCUUCGUAUGACUGGAGGACUGCCCAUUUACUCCAUCGUUCACGCCGAUUUGUUUAUUUUUGCAUUUUUCUGUUCACUGUAGUAAAUUUUUUUGUUUGUUUUUUGUUUUAUUCUCCGUGUUUGUUGGGUGUAGGAUUACAGACACGGUUUAAUUUCUCGUUUAUAAUAGUCCGUAAAUCAUUGCUGUGCUAACUGGCAGACAGUAUAGACAGUGUAUUUAGUAAAUAAUGCUAAAUGUAAUCAAGAAAUGUAUUUUUGAUGGUUUGAAGGAGUUUCUGUCAAUCAAAACACAAGAACAAGAUAUAUAUAUAUAUAUAUAUAUAUAUUUUUAAACAAUAAAAGUCCUCAUUAGCCCGUCUCAGUGGCGGAUUCUUCUUCUAAAAGGUUUCUUUUAGCAUUGUAUGGUAUUGAAGCAAGAUGCGCGUUUGCCGGGAAUCCCCGAUUUGUCCAGAUUGACAGGGUUUGUAUGUACAGAUUAAGCCAGACAGGUGUAUUUUACAUUAGUCAACACAUUUAGACAAGCAUUCCAGCAUAUUCUCUGUUAAUUAACAGACAUUUAACAGUAAAAGCAUCACAGA